GUGUGAAGCUACGGAGAGACAGGAGAGAGGUCCCCAGGGAGAGGGACGCAGCCGAAUAGCUGCCGAAGUGCAGGGAUCGGGAGGUCCCGGACAGCAUCUUCCCGCCGCCUCCAGCCGGGGCAGCUGCGGAACAGCAGGGGGAGGAGCCACGGCCGCCGAAUCCGCCAACUAGAGGCGGGGAAGGCGGAGCUUGUGUCCCCGUAGCAGCCGAAGGCGCAGCCUGGACUUAGUUUUCCCGGAGAGAGGAGAGCAGGAACGCGAGAGGAGCGGAGCGGAGCGCAGUCCUCUGAGCAGCAGCUCCCGCAUCCCGCCAGGGCUUGCAGGUGUGUGGGAGGUAAGCCUCUGUGUGUCUUCUGGCGCCUGCACCUUGCCCGGGAGAAAGCUUCUUCCCGUAGGAAUUAUAUCAAGGCACGGCUGAAAAAGAGUCUGUCUGACUCGGGGAUUGAAACUCUUCCAACAUGGCUUUCCUUGGGCUCUUCUCUUUGCUGCUUCUGCAAAGUUUGGCCGUAGGGACCACUUUCCCUGAUGAAACCAUUGCUGAGUUCUCGGUGACUAUGUAUAAUCACCUUCGAGCCACUGGGGAAGAUGAAAAUAUUCUUUUCUCGCCAUUGAGCAUCACCCUUGCUAUGGGAAUGAUGGAACUGGGGGCCCAAGGGUCUACCCUGAAAGAAAUCCGUCAUUCAAUGGGAUAUGACAGGCUGAAACUCGGUGAAGAAUUUUCUUUCUUGAAGGAUUUUUCUAACAUGGUCACUGCUGAAAAGAGCCAGUAUGUGCUGAAAAUUGCCAGUUCCCUCUUUGUGCAAAAUGAAUUUCACAUCAAUGAUGAAUUUUUGCAAAUGAUGAAAAACUAUUUUAAUGCGGAAGUAAAUCAUGUGGACUUCAGUCAAAAUAUUGCUGUGGCCAACCACAUCAAUAAGUGGGUGGAGAAUAACACAAAUAGUCUGUUGAAAGAUUUGGUAUCCCCAAGAGAUUUUGCUGCUGUCACUCAUCUGGCCCUCAUCAAUGCUGUCUAUUUCAAGGGUAACUGGAAGUCACAAUUUAGACCCGAAAAUACUAGAACCUUUUCCUUCACUAAAGAUGAUGAAAGUGAAGUCCAAAUUCCAAUGAUGUACCAACAAGGAGAAUUUUAUUAUGGGGAAUUUAGUGAUGGCUCCAAUGAAGCUGGUGGUAUCUACCAAGUCCUAGAAAUUCCAUAUGAGGGCGAUGAGAUCAGUAUGAUGCUGGUGUUGUCCAGACAGGAAGUUCCACUGGCCACCCUGGAGCCACUGCUCAAAGCGCAGCUGAUUGAAGAAUGGGCCAACUCUGUGAAGAAGCAGAAAGUGGAAGUGUACCUGCCCAGGUUCACAGUGGAACAGGAGAUUGAUUUAAAAGAUGUUUUGAAGGCUCUUGGAAUAACUGAAGUUUUCACCAAAAAUGCAAAUUUGACAGCCUUGUCUGAUAAUAAGGAGAUUUUCCUCUCCAAGGCAAUUCACAAGUCCUUCAUCGAGGUGAAUGAAGAGGGCUCGGAGGCUGCCGCCACCUCAGGAAUGAUUGCCAUUAGCAGGAUGGCUGUGCUGUAUCCUCAAGUGAUUGUGGACCAUCCAUUUUUCUUUCUUAUCAGGAAUAGGAAAACAGGAACAAUCCUGUUCAUGGGACGAGUCAUGCAUCCCGAAAUAAUGAACACAAGUGGACAUGAUUUCGAGGAACUUUAAAUCAUUUCGCUUAAAUAACAAGAAAAAUAGUAACUAAGCACAUUAUGUUUGCAACUGGCAUAUGUUUAAGGUUUGUGUUCUACAGUAUAGCUUAAGAUAAUAUUUAGAAUUAACUCCAGAUAAAAAUAAUGUAUGUAAAUUAUAAGCCAACUUGUCAAGGAAUGUUAUCAGUAUUAUUGAGGUAACAGUCUUGUCUUGUCAUUGUGUUUGUUGUGCUGGUGUUUAAAAUAAAAGUACAUAGUGAACAUGUGA